AUGGGAUCGUGUGAUAUUUUUCUGAUGAAAGUCAAGUUGUUAAUAGGCAGUGACAAUAGCGUUUUGAUAUGGAGGAAGCGUGACGAAGGGGAAUUGCUCCUAACUACUGCAGUAGGAUCGCUUGCAAUUGUGUUUGAAGUGCUUAAUAUAACUCGUGACAUAUGCAGCGGAAAACCAUGGGUCGACCUUGACCUGGAUUCAGCAUUAGUUGUUUGGAUAAAUGAAAUACCCACACUUUCCGUAACGUUUGCUAUAAGCCUUUGCCACAGUGAACCAAUCAGCUAUUUCCAGCUAACAAAAUGUUUGAUUGUAAUAACAUCUGUUAUUUUACGCAUUGUUGUCCCUCUUGUUCGUCUAUAUUUAGAACAAGGGGAAGAAUCUCUGCAAAACCCAUUCAGGAAAUCUAUUUAUAAAUUUGUGACAACUGUUGGAUUAUGUUUGGCAUUGUGUGGAGCAGUAACAAUUUUUACUUUCACUCAUGUUAUUGCACUGGAUGAGAGACAAUUCAAAUUUAAAAUGCCGCACGAAAUCUGGACUGGCAAAUCAUCUUUCGAGGAAUACUUUGAAGAUGUUGGUAUUUAUUUAAAUCACAAAGACUUUAAAACAUUCAAAGAUGAUGAAAUAUGGCUGAAACUAGCAGACAUUGAUGAAUUUUAUGGUGUUGACAGUAUUAGUGUCAAGGUCACUUUUACUUUAUCGUCUGAUAGAAAAAUUAAGAAACUAGUAUUAAACAGUUAUAAUUCCACGGAGCAAAGAUUCCGAGAAUGUUAUAAUCUUGCCAAAUCAGACAACGAUGUGUAUCAGUAUUCAUAUGUAGAGAACUGUUCCUUUUCAUUUAUUACCUCAAAAGAAUCCCAAGAGAAACUUUUGUUCAAAUUUGUUUUCCAUCGUCCAAGAAGGCAUCUUUUACUUGGUGACAUCUUCUUUCAUGUGAAAAAUAUAAAAAAUUCUGUGUGCUAUAAUAUUACAGGAAACAAUACUUAUUUGUAUGAGAAAAUAAGGAACAAACCUACAGUUAUUGGUCAAAUAUUGUAUAUGAAGCAGGAAACCAGUCUACGGUCAAGUCAUAGACUUGUUCACCGAAAUAUAUCAUCUAACCAGUCUACAAACAGUCUUCUAUUUGAAGCAGAUCACUACAUGAAAACAGCAGAAGAGAUUUGGAAGACUGGUGUAUAUGGCUGUGAAUGCUCGGGAAAACAUGGACCAACAACAGAUGAAAACAUAACAUUGGCAUGCUAAUACACAGUUGCAGAAGAACACUUAACAUACAAACACCGAAAUGUGAAAUAUGCAAAUUAAAAACGUUAAAUGCGAAUAAUUGCAAGAAUAAUUCACACUGUUUUAAAGAGGUUCAGUAUAAACUCUGUCUGUUAUAUGCAUUGUGGUAUAAUUUUAUAAUCUGUUCUGUAUCAUGGUAAAAUUGCUCUAUCUGUUCUGACAGAAGACAUUGAAAUUAACUAUGGAUUGGUGUCAAGAUAUAUUUGACUGACUAUAAUGUGUCACAAAGUAGCACAUGCUGAGUAAAACCCAUUAUUUCCUUCACAGAUAUACUUUAUUCUUUAGAUAUAUAACAAUUUUAGUAUUUUUUAUUACUUUUUUGUAAGGUCUGUCUUUUAUUUGAAGUCAUGGGUGUUAAUAGCAAUCAAGUGAAACUUUGACAUAUGUAAUAGAAACUCACUGUAAAUGAACAUGCGAAAUCAUUUAGGAAGUCUCGAAAAAAAAAAGGUUAUGACCUUUAUUGAACAGCAUCAACUUUUUAACAGUUAUUUUACACGAGGUUUUAACAUGUUUUGAUGUAAAAUAUACAUAUGCACUUCCAUGUACUCUGCUAAUUAAUCUAUGUAGUUCUAUAUCAAUAUAAAAUUCAUUUCUUACAAAAAAGAUUUAAGAAAGAUAUUUGAUAUACAGUGAAAUAUGCUGAAUAUAUAUUUGAGCCGCGUCACGACAAAACCAACAUAAUGGGUUUGCGACCAGCAUGGAUCCAGACCAGCCUACGCAUCCGCGCAGUCUGAUCAGGAUCCAUGCUGUUCGCUUAUAAACCCUAUAACAAGUAGAGAAACUGAUAGCGAACAGCAUGAAUCCUGAUCAGACUGUGCGGAUGAGCAGGCUGGUCUGGAUCCAUGCUGGUCGCAAACGCAUUAUGUUGGUUUUGUUGUGGCACGGCUCAUUUGUCUUAUAUAUUGCUGAUAAAUGCUAUAUUAGUUUGAUUAAUAAAUAAAUGUACAUAAUUUUUUUUUCACAUAUCAUGGCCAGUAAUUUAUUCUUAUGUUAAAUAUUCUGUCACAGUAGUAUAUAAAAUUAGACAACUAUGUA